AUGUCGGAAAGUGACAGGCCAGACCUGAGCAACUUCAUGGAGUCAGGGGAGUGGGUUCUGAAGGACUACCGUGGCUGGAAGCACUGGGUGUACUACACCUGCUGCCCCAACAGCCCCUUCCUGGACAUCACCUACCACUUCCUCAUGCUGCACCUGCCGCUCUACUUCAUCGUCAACGUCAUCAUCCCCUGCAUGCUGUUCUCCUUCCUCACCGGCCUGGUCUUCUACCUGCCCACUGACUCAGGGGAGAAGAUGACCCUGUCUAUCUCGGUACAGCUCUCUCUCACCGUGUUCCUACUGGUCAUCGUGGAGCUCAUCCCGUCCACGUCCAGCGCCGUGCCACUAAUCGGGAAGUACAUGCUCUUCACCAUGGUUUUUGUCAUCUCCUCCAUCAUUGUCACCUUCAUCGUGAUCAACACCCACCACCGCUCGCCCAGCACUCACACCAUGCCCCACUGGGUCCGCAAGGUGUUCAUUCAAACCAUCCCCAACAUGAUGUUCUUCUCCACCAUGAAGAGACCGAGCCAGGAUAUCCGCCAGAAAAGGCUCUUCCCCAUUGAGAUGGACAUCUCAGGGAAGCCCACCCCGACCAACGUGCCCCUGAACUCCCCAAUCACCAAGAACCCUGAAGUGCGCAGCGCCAUCGAGGGCGUGAGCUACAUCGCAGAGACCAUGAAGUCAGACGAGGAGGCAAACAACGCGGCCGAGGAGUGGAAGUUCGUUGCCAUGGUGCUGGACCACAUCCUGCUGUGCGUGUUCAUGGCUGUGUGCAUCAUCGGCACGCUUGGGGUGUUCGCUGGACGGCUCAUCGAGCUCAACACACUGUAGUGAGCACGCCUCCUCUGAAGGCGGAGUGGUCCACCUGCAUAUGGAGCCCGAUACACAGAGAAGGACUCCUUCCGAGUCUGCAUUUCACCCGUUUCAUAAAACACAUAUUUUUGUGUAUGAUGCAGUUCAUUUUGCUGAUUAAGUCCAGGUCAUGAAGAACCAAACAUAUAUCCAUUGACUUGUACUUAGCUAAGACAAGCGAAGCCUUUGGGGGACCUGGUUAGACAGACCAAUACGUCUUCCCAUAUGGAUGAUAUGACAUUAAUAUCUACUUCAUUAAUCACCAGCACUAAGUCAUAGGACUUAGUGUUAUUCUGGCAUAUCAUAUGAUUAUAUUAUUGGAUUGUUUUCUACUUGUUUACACAUUGUUGACACAUUGAGGCAUGGUUUGAUUGAGUUUCCCGGCCUAUAGAAAUCUAUAAAAAACAUGAAUGGGUGGAACUAUAGAGUCUGUUAAAUCCCCAUGUGUCCGUACCCUUUGUAGGUGCCUGUAUUUUCCUGUUUGUAUGCA